CGGGACAUCCUGUGUUCCCACGGUUGAACAAGUGAACCCGAACGACCAGCAGAUGUCGUCGGUAUCAAGCACCCCAGCUUCGAAAAUUACACGGCCAGCCCUCUUUACCCCAAAGAGACCACUCUCAUCGCUGUCUAAUACUUCUGCACCUCAGACCCUCUUACCAUCGACUCACAAACGCUACAAGGCACCCGUCACUGUUGAAUCUCGACCGAGAAACUACGUUGGUAGGCCCAAACCAACGUUAGCCACAGUACCUGGAACACCGGUUAAGGAGGGUACUGAUGGUGGACCUCGCACUCCUGGCACGCCACGCUCAAAGAGUCGACAGGGAGCGGAAAGUCCGACACUCAUGCCUGCGAUGAGUGAAAUGGAUGUCAGCAACGUUGACCCAGAGGAGGUUCUUGUCGACUCCCAGACGGUCGAAGCUGGUGAUAUAUCAGGAGAGCUGGAUGAGGCAUUGCUGAAGACGAUUCAGGUGGACCACGGAAAACGGGACAAGGUCAUGGUUUCCAUCAGAAUCCGUCCUACAGAUAAACAGUCAGCCUGGAAGUCUACGCCAGGUUCCAACUCCAUACAACUGAACCCAGCUCAUGCUCGAAAUCCCAACCUGAUGUCAGCCACCACUUCUACUAACUCUGCAACACCGACCACGUUCCACUUCGAUUCUAUUCUUACAGGAACUCCAAACAAACCUAUUUACACCACCGUUGCACGGUCACACGUUCAUGCUGCCAUGGAGGGCUUCAACGCCGUUAUAUUUGCCUAUGGACAAACCGCUUCAGGAAAGACAUACACUCUAUCCGGCGACGAGGACGAGCCGGGUAUCAUACCUCGUGCGAUGCGUGACGUUUUCGGCUACAUCAAACGUACUGCAGAUAGAGAGUAUCUUCUCCGUUGUUCCUACCUGGAAAUUUACAACGAGACCAUACACGAUCUUCUCGCUCCACCUGGUUCUGGGAACCAGGUUCAGAUUCAAGGUGGGAAUGGCUCGGAGAUCAUCCUGUCUCCAUUACGGGAAGAGGUGGUAACAAGCUUGAAGGGAGUAAACGAGGUUUUAAAAAGAGGAGAGAGACAUCGACGAACUGCCUGCACAGAUUGGAAUGACAGGAGCAGUCGGAGUCAUAGUGUGUUCAGACUUGUCGUCGAAAGUAGGGAACGAGGGUGUGGUCCUGUGGAUGAGACCGAGUUGCGUGCGCCGAGUCGUAGUGGGCGUGCUACACCAGGACCGGGUGCUACGGGUUCAAGAUUACAAGCACGAGAAGGGAAGAGUGUACAGACUUCCAUUUUGAGUCUCAUAGAUCUUGCUGGGUCGGAGAAAGCCACUUCAGACAAGGACCGUACUAGGGAAGGGAAAUACAUCAAUACCAGUCUCUUGACCCUCGGGACAGUGAUUGGAACACUUUCUGAAAACGCCGCUAAGAACAAGAGCGAUCAUGUACCGUACCGAAACAGUAAGCUCACGCGAAUGCUGCAGCCAUCGUUGGCCGGUAACGCUCGCAUCAGCGUCAUAUGCACGAUCAAUCCAGACCCAGCAGCUGUUGCAGAGAGUACCAGCACCCUCAGUUUUGCAAAGCGGGUUAAAGGCGUCAAGCUGAAUGCACAGAAGAAAGAGAUCUUAGAUACGGAUGCGUUGAUUGAACGAUACCGCAAAGAGAUUGAAGAUCUCAAGAGAAGGUUGGCGGAGAAGGAAGCUGUCAGCGAUGCUCCCGCUCGCAUGCGAAGACUUUCUGCUCAAGAGAAACAGGACGAAUCCAAAGCCAUGAAGGAACUCAACGACAGGAUUCAACAACUCACGAAGCUUAUUUUGACGAGCAACACCAUUGAGGAGGGCGGAUCGGAAUCGAGGCCCGCCAGCCCGGUCAAAGUCGACUUCGAUAUGUCGCCGUACCAGCUUCAACAAGAGCUUCUCUCCGCCCGAUUGCAACUUGAGACCCAAGCACGACAGAUCCUUUCUCUGGAAGCAGCACUUGAACAGCCGCCUGUUGACGAUGGGAACGACAAAAUAAUCGCUGAGCAGUCGGAAAAAAUCCGUGAGUUGGAGAUUGUCACUCGAGGAACGCGAGAGGAUGGAGGCGAUAUAGGUGAAUUUGCAGAGACACUCAAAAACCUGAGAGCAGAAGUAGAGAGGGAAGUGAGAGCUACAGUAGAAAGGGAAUGGGCAGCAAAAGUCGAAGAGGAGAAACGCAGAAGAGAGGAAGGGCAAAAAUGGGCUGAGGAAGUCGUGAAGGAACUCGAAAAAGAGAAGAAGAAUCGAAUCAAGCUCGAAGAUGAACGUCGUGCGCUUGCCGCAUUCGUGAGCAAGUUCGACUCGUUAGGACUAGGAUUGACUCUUCCAAGCUCAUCGCCCUCACGACGAACGAGUAGUAUUAUUCCACCGAUGCCUUCACCUCGAGGAGCUGCUGCUGCUUUUGCGGAACGUAAACAUCUACGAAGUCUCCGUUCCCGCAAAAAUCAACUUCAGGAUGAGGACGAUAGACUCAUCCCGUUCCCAACUGGUGAUUCGAUGCAGACCGUUGAUUCCAACACCAGCAUGUCUACGGCCACGACUGCAGUUUCUCUAGAUACCGAGUUCGAUUUGAGGCUAAGCUUGGGGGAAGACAGUCCUUUCAAGUUAGAAGUUUGUGGGGGAAAGAUGUUGCCCAGUCUACUCGAGGAAGAGUGGGGCACUAUGUUGGAGGCGGAAACUGGCGACGUAAGCUUCGAGGGCGAAGUUCGCGUUGGAUCUCCGACAAAGACCAUAAGGGUUUCGAAGGGAUUACCGCUAGUGCGUAACAAGGAGAACCUGCCGGCGUAGAGAUGCUUGAUGCUCAUUUCCACCUUUGUGUUGCAUAAUCUAUCCCGCAUCUAUGUGCAGUUUGCUAUCCAUUUACGCUUGGCUUUCUUGCACAACCUUCAUACAUAUCUGCUCUCGUG